AUGGAGCCUGAAAUAAACUGCUCUGGAUUUUGUGACAGUUUUCCUGGCCAGGAGCUGGAUCAGAGACCCUUUCAGGAUCUUUGCAGGACAACAGUUACCUCUUCCGAGAGCAGUAAAACCAUCUCUCCGGUGUCUCCAGUCCUCGUGGGCAUUGUUUGGACUUUUCUCAGCAUUGGACUUCUUCUGAUACUCUUCUUUCUUGCCUUCACAAUUCGCUGCAGAAAGAACAGGAUCGUGAAGAUGUCCAGUCCCAAUCUGAACAUUGUGACCUUACUGGGCAGUUGUCUGACUUACAGUAGUGCUUACCUCUUUGGAAUUCAAGAUCAAGAUGUGUUAGUGGGAAGCUCAAUGGAAACUCUCAUUCAGGUAAGACUGUCCAUGCUGUGCAUUGGGACCUCCUUGGUAUUUGGCCCCAUUCUGGGGAAGAGCUGGAGACUUUAUAAGGUGUUUACCCAGAGGGUCCCGGACAAGAGAGUGAUUAUUAAAGACCUGCAGCUUCUGGGAUUGGUGGCAGCAUUGGUGAUUGCUGAUGUGAUCCUGCUUGUGACGUGGGUGCUGACUGAUCCCAUCCAGUGCCUUCAGAUCCUUGGUGUCAGUAUGACGGUGACAGGGAGAGACGCGUCCUGCUCUCUGACCAGCUCACACUUCUGUGCUUCCCGCUACUCUGAUGUCUGGAUUGCUCUUGUUUUGGGAUGCAAGGGUCUGCUCCUGCUGUAUGGUGCCUACCUGGCUGGCCUGACUGACCACGUCAGCUCUCCUCCUGUGAACCAGUCCUUAACCAUCAUGGUGGGGGUCAACCUCGUGGUGCUGGCUGCUGGGCUGCUUUUUCUGGUCACCAGAUACUUGCAUUCCUGGCCCAGCCUGGUCUUCGGACUCACGUCUGGAGGCAUCUUCGUUUGCACGACCACAGUCAACUGCUUCGUCUUCAUCCCCCAGCUGAAGCAAUGGAAGGCAUUUGAAGAGGAAAACCAAACAAUCAGACGCAUGGCCAAAUACUUCAGUACUCGCAGCAAAAGCUUCCAUACCCAGUGUGGUGAGGAACAGAACUGCCACUCGAGAGGAGAAAAAAACUCCAUGGAAAGGCUCCUUACAGAAAAAAACGCUGUGAUUGAAAGCCUGCAGGAACAAGUAAACAACGCCAAAGAGAAGCUAGUGAGGCUGAUGUCAGCCGAGUGUUCCUAUGAUCCCCCAGAGUGGGCUGUGCCCCCUGCCUCUUCCCAGAGCGCCAGCAUCCAGGCUGCAGCCUCUGGCUAUGGUGCAACAACUCAGGGGUCUUCGGAAGCCCUCUCUGACUCUCCGAAUGAUACCAGCCCGGCUGUCCAGGACUCUCAGAGUACCUCAGUGCCUUCCUCAAGUAUACAAAGCCUCAAGGCGCCUGUGAAGGGCCCCAGCCCCUCCCCAGGGCAGAAGGAGAAGAUGACUCAUUUAAACUCAGGCUGUAGCCAGAAACCAAGGGCUGAGCAAAGUGGGAGUCCUGGAGGAGGGAGCCAGGUGCCCACGGCCCCCAGCCAGAGUCCUGUACGGGGUGACGUCUCUGCUCCCCACAGACAGAGGCAGCUGGAGAACUCAGAGAAGCGACAAGAGCGGCUGUCAAGGGUCAAUUCAGUGAUCAGGGAGAAGCUUCAGGAGGUGUUACAAGAUCUGAGCCUGGGCUCUGAGGCUCCCAUCCCUUAUUCCCCCUCUUGUCCCCAGCAGCCGUUGAAGAGCAGUGCUGCCCGCAGCCCCCGGAAGAUGCCCUUCCCCAAGGAGCUGGGCUUCAGCCCACAUAUGGUGAGGAGAAGGCAGGCAGCUCAGUGGGCGCCCUCACACUUCCCAUGCUCUGUACCCUCAUAUGUGGGGCAUCGGGCAAACAGGACUGUUUCUGGAGCACAGAGUGGGCUGAGUGUGAAGAAUGUGGAAAGCUGUAGCCAGGACCACCGAGCUGCUCAUCCCAGGGUACCAAGGCCCACUUCCAGGAAGUCUUCACUACUACCCCCAGAUCCUCGAGGCAGGCCAGGUGCCCUGGAGGACAGCAACCAAGGUCAGACAGAGCCCCAGAGGGCAGGAAGGAGUGGUGCCGCCUUUCCUCACAGGCUUUCUGGUUCUGGUCCAGCAGAAAGCCCCUCUUCCCCACUCCUACCCAGAGCCUCAGCAGACCUGCCUGAGCAGCAGCAGCUGCAGCCUUCCGGGUCGCCAGCCUGUCUCUCGCUGUCUUCUCCAUGCAGCUACCUUGACACUGAGUCCAGCAGCUCAGAUGAGUUCUUCUGCCACUGCCACCGGCCCUACUGUGAAAUCUGCUUCCAGAGCUCCUCAGACUCCAGUGAGAGUGGCAUGUCAAACACCAACCCCGAGCCUGCUGGGGGGCUGGCCUCCUGGGAAAAGCUGUGGGCCCGCUCAAAGCCUAUCGUGAACUUCAAAGAUGACUUGAAACCCACACUGGUGUGA